AUGGCUCCCAUUCGUCGCUAUCUACGCAUCAGCAAACAUUCUGUUAUCGAGUGUCGUAUCUACUUGGACAGUCCUUCCGAUAACCGAUGGCUCCUCGACUCCCGCGAUCCCGUGCUUCCUCGGGUCUUUGAGGCGAUCCGCCCACUGGUCUUGCCCAAGCUGCGCGAGGAGAAUGAGCGACUAUGGGCGCGCAAGAAGAGCAAACCCGUCAAGGAUGUAAUCGCUGAGGAUGAAUUCGAGGUGGCCAUCUUCCUGCGCGAAUCCCGUACUCGCCAUUCACUUUUGACGCGACAGAAGACAUUCGAACAGCCCGGUAAGAAGGGAGACGCGUCGACGGGAACCAAGCCUGGAAAGGGACUGUCAGAGUCGGCGACCGACUCAUCCAAGCCCAUCGAUGUGGAGAUCAUCCCCGACAGUGACGAGGAGCCCGAGUUCGACCUACGCAAUAUCCCCCAGGCCGAAGACCAGCCAAAAGAAAGGGAUCCAUCUCCGCGAAGGAAAAGGAGAAGAGUACAGGCGAACUCCCCGGAAGCUGAAACUAAGGACGAGAAAAAGCUCGGGUUCCUUACGCAUUAUGAAAGCUUCAAUAUCUGUGGUUGGGUGUUGUGUCUACUCAUCACCCGUAAAGGGGAUAGAGCCCGGCCAAGUGCUGCGACCGAGCCCAAGCAGCCACUCAUGGAGCAAUGGAUCUCAACCCAGGCCCAGACAGCUGCUGACGAGGAUUGA